UAAGCAUCUUCUUAUCCUCAGUUUCAUAUAGCAACCUCCAUUUUAUUUAAUUUUAUUUUUCUUUCCCAUAUUAUUAUUAUUAUUAUAUCUUAUUUUAUUCUUUUAUUUUUCCUCCUAAUGACUUAUCUCCCAAACUAGUUGCAUGCAUAUAUUAUUAAAGCAACCCUUAUACUACUAUUCCUCUUUAAAUUAACUUUCUCAUCACUCAUUUCCCACACACCCUCAAAUUUUAUGUACCAUAUAAUAGAGUAGUAUUCUCAUUAUAAUCUCAUUCCAUUUGUGAACCAACCAAAAGAAAAAAACUAUAUUGUGACAAAACAAGAAAUAUAACAUUGUUUGGAGAAUGAAUGGAAAAAAGGGUAGUAUUGAGAUUGACAUUCCUUCAUCAGCUGCCAAAGCUAGUAUCACUUGUAAUAGUAAUAAGCAGCACGAGGGGACGGGGGCGGUGGCGGUGGUGGUGGGGGCGGCCGGCAAGAGGUCUAGUGGUGGUGGGAUCUUGAAUUCAUGUGAAGGUUGGAUUAAGAGGGUGUGGGAAUUUGCUAAAGAAGACACUAAUAGAGUAAUAUUUGCACUUAAAGUUGGGCUUGCAGUGUUGCUUGUGUCUUUGCUUAUUCUAUUCAGAGCACCUUAUGAAGUCUUUGGUACCAACAUCAUUUGGUCCAUUCUCACUGUUGCCAUUAUGUUCGAAUACACAGUUGGAGCAACAUUUAACAGAGGAUUCAAUAGAGCUCUUGGGAGUUUACUAGCUGGAAUCUUGGCCAUUGGUGUAGCUCAGCUAGCCCUUUGUGCUGGUCGAGUAGCUGAGCCUAUCAUCAUUGGCAUUAGCAUUUUUUUAGUUGGCACUAUAACUUCAUUCAUGAAAUUAUGGCCAUCUUUAGUCCCAUAUGAGUAUGGAUUCAGGGUCAUACUCUUCACCUACUGUUUGAUCAUAGUUUCCGGUUACCGAAUGGGAAAUCCAAUGCGGACUUCCAUGGAUCGGCUCUACUCGAUCGCCAUUGGAGGAGUUGUGGCUGUACUAGUGAAUGUUCUGGUUUGUCCAAUCUGGGCUGGAGAGCAAUUGCAUAAGGAGAUAGUUAAGAAUUUCAACUCGGUCGCUGACUCGCUCGAAGAAUGUGUGAGAAAGUACUUAUCAGAAGAUGGAUCAGAACAUGCUGAGUUCUUCAAGACUGUCAUGGAUGAGUUCCCAGAUGAGCCUGCUUACAAGAAAUGCAAAACCACAUUGAACUCCUCAGCUAAACUUGAGAAUUUGGCUAAUUCUGCGAAGUGGGAGCCACCACAUGGUAGGUUCAGACAUUUCUUCUAUCCAUGGUGUGAGUAUGUCAAAGUUGGAGCUGUUUUGAGAUAUUGUGCCUAUGAAGUUAUGGCACUUCAUGGUGUUUUACACUCUGAAAUCCAGGCACCGUACAAUCUCCGAAUUGCAUUCCAGUCCGAAAUUCAGGAUGCAACAAACCAGGCUGCAGAAUUAAUCAGAGUAUUAGGCAAAGACAUAUGCAACAUGAAUCGAAGCAUCAAAACUUCCUUACUCAAGAAAGUACACAGCUCGGCCGUGACACUGCAGCGUGCAGUAGACUUGCACUCGUAUCUCCUCACAUCCCCCUCCUGCUCUGGUGUCCUUCCUUCAGUAUCUGACAACGCUUCAAAGCCGCUCCCCAAGCUCUCUCCCACCAUGUCGUCCACUCUCGUCGACAUAAACCAGUUACUGGCCUGUAGUGAAUUUGAUAGCAACAACAACAACAAUGAAAUGAACUCAAAUAAUCAGAUGCUGCAGACACAAAACUCAACAGUAGUUCAGGCUGAAUCUUACCACGAGCUGAUGAGAAAGCAAUCGAGAAGGCUGCAUUCCUGGCCUUCGAGACAAUUAGAUACUUUUUAUGAAGAAGACGGGGCCUUGAAUACAGACUUUUUACCAAGAAUGAAAGCUUUAGAGAGCACUGCAUCACUGUCACUGGUGAACUUCACUUCUUUGCUUAUUGAGUUUGUGGCAAGGCUUGACCACUUAGUUGAAGCAGUUGAUGAGCUUUCUAAGUUAGCUAAGUUCAAACAUGACGGAUUACACUAACAAAUUUUUUCCUUAUUUAAAACAUGAAAAAUCAUGUAUUAAUUAUGAUCAAGAUAGAAAAGAAAAGAAGACAAAACAAUAAAAUGUAAAAUUACUAAAGCAAGGUUUUUGCCUCUUGUUGAUGUUGGUUGGUUCUUUUUCUUAUUCUACAUAAUAUUUCUAUACAUAUAUACACGUGUCACAAUUGGUAGUCACCAAACUUAUUGUUCUCAUAAUCAGUGGUGGACAUAA